AUGAACAACACGGCGUCCUUGUAUCACCCCCGCCGUCGCACCAUCGGCCGAGCAUCCUCGCCCCCCACGUGGGCCUGCUAUGAGCAGAUUCCAUACGAGGAGGAUGGGUACAGCGACAGUGCUUCGGAGUCUUGUUCCGAGGAUGAGGAAGACUACGGGCGAGGCGUCGCUGUGGACCACAGUAGUGACUCGGAAGAGGACCAAAGUCAGACGGUGCGCCGGGACGAUGCAGGCCAUGACAUCGACAGUAUGGACAUGGACGAGGAAGGGGAUGAGGUUGCGAGAAAGCUGGCCGUAGCGCAGAAGGAUGCCAAAGGAAAGCAGCGUGCAGUCAAUGCCGAAUGUUCUCCCGUUCGAAGGCACCACCACCCCAAGAGACAGCGUCAGCAGGUAAUCACGCUGCGUCCUAUCUUGACUAUUCAGAAGAGCCAGGGCUUCGUUUGGAACCAAGACCUCUUCAUUCCACCCUACAUCAAGGACCGAUACGUUGCCUCUACUUCUCCACCUAAUGCCACGGGGUUUAUCUCCACCUCCGCAUCCUCCACCUACUCCGCUUUGAAUGAAUACGAGGUCGAAGUUGUUGAAAUUAGAGUGGAGGAGGGAGAGUUAAACGAUAUCAUUCCCUAG